CUUCUGAAAACUGAAGGCAUUGAAACACCCCAGAGUAGUUGCAGGGCAAGAUAUGGCAUGUCCAUGUUUAAAAAGUUGGUUUAAGUCAAGAAAUGGAAAGUUACCAAGCCUUGCUGCUGAACUAGACUAUCCGAUACCAUUCUGAAGCAUUGGGCAGGGGCUCCAUCAUGCUUUCAUCUGGAAAUAAGUAACAGUCCUUCAGAUCUGAGGCUUGCCUGCUGGUGCCAAGCAGAGAGCCUGUGGUUAGCUCGAGACCCCUGUACGAUGCAGGUGCUAUUGAAAAGGCUGCUCUUCUAAAGUCCUUUGUGGCUUGUAAGUGGAGAAGAAACUUUCCAAAUGUUACCUUGUAAUAUUGGCUUUUUAAGAUUUUUAUUCUUUUAACUUUUCCCUUCCCUUGAUAGUGGAAGAAAGGCUAGUAAAUAAUAGCUGCAGUAUGCGACACACACCACCCCCCCACCCCCAUCCCCCAAUAUCUUUUCUUCGUGUCUUCCUUCUCCCCUCCCCCAAAAUAAAGAAAUCGGAAGGACAAAGCUGGUUUGUUUGGUAAAUGAACUGAUCAAAAGAAAACUUGCUGUAGUGGAAAGGUGGCUUCUAGCAGUCGUGCGUUUCCUAAACCGACAAUUCGAACCCCAAGAUGAGUUUAAAAUUCUUGGCACGUUCAAAUUUGGAUUGCAGAAAGAAAUUGUCUUGUUACAAGCCACCUUACGCGUCCGCGCUGCAGGGGUGAGGAGUGUGGAGAAACCAGAGCCACUCUGGGCUCCACGGCGUUCGCUCCAAGCCCCACGCGCAUGCUCAGAAGUGGAGUGUAUGAACAGCGUAGCUGUCUGUUUGGCUGCAGCACCAUUUGGGGAGGGUGGGGAUCUUUGUGGGGUAAUGGGGACUGCAGGCUCAAAAUUCAGUAUUGCUUUGUUUCUCACGAACAACUUGGAUGCGUGUACCACCCUAGGGCAGCCUGAUCGAUUUGGUCGGAUCCAGGUUGAAAACAUUGUGUAGCAGCGUUCAGAAUUGAACAGUCUUUGAGACACUUGGUUCUCAGCCCACCAAGCGGACAGCUAACAUGAAUUGCACUUCACUGCAGCUUUAGUGUGACUGGUAUAGGCCAAGACACUGCGCCUGCCUUAGGUUGCUGACUUCUUUGUUUCAGAGCUCUGGAGACACCUAGUUUGAAAGUGUUAUUCCGUUUUGUGAGAACUUAAUAAACAAGGAAAAACAUCUUGAGUAAAUUGCAAUGUGUUUCUUUGGUUAUCAGUCCAUUUGAAAGAUCAAGCCAGCAGAUUCCUUACAGUUUGAACUAAAAUUUAAUUUCUUUGUAGAUGUUUCAGAGCCUUUCUUCCAAAAAAAAAAAGUCCCUGCUGUAUGCAAUUGCCCGAUUAACCCUCUCCCUUCUGCAUGUCUCCCUUGUUACAGACAGAAUAUCCUCAUUCCCAUGUGUUAAGACAUAUCCAAAAAAAUGCAAUUGCUUUGUUGAACUCUUACUAAUGAUCUUGUUUUAUUUUCUCUCUUGUUUUUGGUUUUUCACCACUGAUAUUGUAUUUAGAAGGUUUCAGGUGGGUGAAACCUCCUAUUCCAUGCGUAAGGUGCCUCGCUGAAGGGAGCUCGAGGCCUGGAUCUAGGGCAGACACACACCUCCUCCUCCUCUUCCAGCAAGGAACGCACCGAAAAGUCACAUGAUGAGAAAUAUGGCCUGUUACUUAAAAGCAAUUGAGACUCAACCAAACUUUGCAGUGGCUUGGAGUAAUCUUGGCUGUGUUUUCAAUGCCCAAGGAGAAAUUUGGCUUGCAAUUCAUCACUUUGAAAAGGCUGUAACACUUGACCCAAAUUUUUUGGAUGCUUAUAUCAAUCUGGGAAAUGUUCUGAAGGAGGCAAGGAUAUUUGACAGAGCUGUGGCAGCUUACCUGCGAGCCUUGAGUUUGAGCCCGAAUCACGCAGUUGUGCACGGCAACCUUGCCUGUGUGUACUAUGAGCAGGGCCUGAUCGACCUGGCCAUAGACACCUACAGGAGGGCCAUUGAGCUCCAGCCCCACUUCCCUGACGCCUACUGCAACUUGGCCAAUGCCUUGAAGGAGAAAGGCAGUGUGGUGGAAGCAGAAGAAUGCUACAACACAGCCCUUCGACUUUGUCCCACUCAUGCAGACUCACUCAACAAUCUGGCAAACAUCAAGCGGGAGCAGGGCAAUAUUGAGGAAGCUGUGCGUCUUUAUCGGAAGGCUCUUGAGGUGUUUCCAGAGUUUGCUGCAGCGCAUUCAAAUUUAGCAAGUGUUCUGCAACAGCAGGGAAAGUUACAGGAAGCUCUGAUGCAUUACAAAGAGGCUAUUAGAAUCAGCCCCACAUUUGCAGAUGCUUAUUCUAAUAUGGGAAACACUUUGAAGGAGAUGCAGGAUGUUCAAGGCGCUCUGCAGUGCUACACCCGUGCCAUUCAGAUAAACCCAGCCUUUGCUGAUGCCCACAGCAACCUGGCCUCGAUUCACAAGGAUUCAGGGAAUAUACCAGAAGCCAUUGCCUCUUACCGUACUGCUCUGAAACUGAAACCUGAUUUCCCAGAUGCCUAUUGCAACUUGGCCCACUGUUUGCAGAUUGUUUGUGACUGGACAGACUAUGAUGAAAGAAUGAAGAAGCUGGUUAGCAUUGUAGCUGAUCAGCUGGAGAAAAACAGACUGCCUUCUGUACACCCACAUCAUAGCAUGCUGUAUCCCCUUUCUCACAGUUUUAGGAAGGCAAUUGCUGAGAGACAUGGAAAUCUCUGUUUGGACAAGAUUAAUGUUCUUCACAAGCCACCAUAUGAGCAUCCCAAGGAUUUGAAGACCAGUGAAGGUCGACUUCGUAUUGGCUAUGUGAGCUCUGAUUUUGGAAACCAUCCAACCUCACACCUAAUGCAGUCAAUUCCAGGCAUGCAUAACCCAGACAAAUUCGAGGUAUUCUGCUAUGCCCUGAGUCCUGAUGAUGGGACAAACUUCCGUGUAAAAGUGAUGGCUGAAGCAAAUCAUUUCAUUGACUUAUCUCAGAUACCAUGUAAUGGAAAAGCAGCAGACCGCAUCCAUCAGGACGGGAUUCACAUUCUCAUUAAUAUGAAUGGCUACACCAAAGGAGCCCGAAAUGAAUUGUUUGCCCUGAGACCAGCACCUAUUCAGGCAAUGUGGCUAGGGUAUCCUGGAACCAGUGGGGCAUUGUUCAUGGAUUAUAUCAUCACAGAUAAAGAAACUUCACCAGUUGAGGUGGCUGAGCAGUAUUCAGAGAAAUUAGCUUACAUGCCAAACACUUUCUUUAUUGGAGACCAUGCCAACAUGUUCCCCCAUCUGAAGAAAAAAGCAGUCAUUGAUUUCAAGUCCAAUGGUCAUAUUUAUGAUAACAGGAUUGUUUUGAAUGGCAUUGACUUGAAGGCAUUCCUGGACAGCCUUCCUGAUGUCAAGAUCGUUAAGAUGAAGUGUCCUGACAGUUGUGACAACGCCGAUGGCAAUGCUGCCCUCAGCAUGCCAGUGAUCCCUAUGAACACCAUUGCCGAGGCUGUGAUUGAGAUGAUAAAUCGCGGGCAAAUUCAGAUUACUAUCAAUGGCUUCAACAUCAGUAAUGGAUUAGCAACUACUCAGAUAAACAACAAAGCAGCAACUGGUGAAGAAGUUCCCCGGACUAUAAUUGUUACUACCCGUUCUCAGUACGGCUUACCAGAGGAUGCUGUUGUGUACUGUAACUUCAAUCAGCUCUAUAAGAUUGAUCCUUCCACCUUGCAGAUGUGGGCUAAUAUCCUAAAAAGAGUUCCCAACAGUGUGCUGUGGCUGCUGCGUUUCCCAGCUGUAGGAGAGCCCAAUAUCCAGCAGUACGCACAAAACUUGGGUCUUGCCCAAAACCGAAUCAUCUUUUCACCUGUUGCUCCCAAAGAAGAGCAUGUGAGGAGAGGGCAGUUGGCUGAUGUUUGUCUGGACACUCCCCUUUGCAAUGGGCACACAACUGGCAUGGAUGUGCUCUGGGCUGGGACUCCAAUGGUCACUAUGCCAGGUGAGACUCUUGCCUCACGAGUUGCUGCCUCACAGCUCACUUGCCUGGGUUGUCUUGAGCUCAUUGCAAAAAACAGACAGGAGUAUGAGGAUAUUGCUGUGAAACUGGGAACUGACCUGGAAUACCUGAAAAAAAUCCGUGGCAAAGUCUGGAAGCAGAGAAUAUCCAGCCCUUUGUUCAACACGAAGCAGUACACGAUGGACCUGGAGCGGCUGUACCUCCAGAUGUGGGAUCACUACGCCGCGGGCAACAAACCGGACCACAUGAUCAAACCCGUGGAGGCCAGCGAGUCUGCAUGAAGAGAGAGAGACUGGGCCUGCCCUCCAGGAACUCUCCAGGAACUGAGCCUCUCCAACACUUGUGCAGAGAUGAUGAGCUAAAAACUGUGCAUUUCUACUUAAUCUGCCUGGUACUCUGUGGCUGAAGUAAUACAUGAUGGUGAUUAAAGCACAGCCAGACUUACUUCUUGCAUGAUAGGGAAAGACUCGAUAGAGCCUGGGAUCCUUUUAUUCCAUGAGGAAUUUGAAUGGGAUUGAGCCGUGUACAUGUGAGCCUGUGUGUAUGAGUGACAAAGUGCUUGCUGGGGGAAGUUUGAACUGCCCAACCA